AUGAAUUUGCCGCUUCCUACGCAUUGCGUCACCGCGUUUGCAGGACGCCAUCUGCAGAACCAGCACCCGGAAACGUUAACGGAAAUGGAUGUAAAACAUGGCAUUUUAACUGGUUUAGACACCGUUUAUACAGGGGAACUCGAGGAACUUAUUCUAUAUAUCAAACGUCCUGCAAAAAUCAUUGAACCACCGGCCAAUGUAAAAGUGAUAGCUGGUGAAACCGCGUUGUUUUUCUGUCGGGCCACUGGCAACCCGACGCCGACGGUCAAUUUUCUGCUCGAUCGAACCAUCAACCAACCUUUGUUUCGCGCCAGUGUCCCAAUUCCUGAUGGAAGUCUGCUGCGCCUCACUAAGACACAUCGCAGUCAGAACGGAUUACAAGUACAGUGUAUAGCUCGAAAUCACGUGGGAGGGGAUAGCGCCAGCGCCCACUUAGUAGUGUACGAUGUAAACAUGGAUCCCCCGGAAGGCUAUCCUGUCAUUCAGAUCCCACCCCAAUCUACCACUGCUGCAGUUGGUGAUAUUGCCCGUAUGGAAUGCGAGGUGGCCGGUCAUCCACUUCCUAGAGUUGUGUGGCUCAAGAAUGAAGUCCCACUGUCAGCUGAUGGACGACGAAUAAUCACUUUUGGUACUGGGUCAAUACGAUUUGAGCAUCUUCUGUUGUCCGAUGAAGGUCAGUACGAAUGCUUCGCGAUCAGUAACGUUGGAUCAGUACUCAGUAUGAAAGCUUACUUGAGUGUCAAGAACACCCACUCCGCACCCAACAUCGUUGACAAAGCGGGCCAAAUUCAUGUGCGCCCGGGUCAUGGAGCGAACCUCACUUGCAGGGCGACAGGAAACCCGGUACCCAUGACUCGGUGGUUAACAGAUCGCGAGAGCCCUAUUACGGAUUUCAGUGAAGGCGCCGCUGUAUUGUUUGUUGCGGACAUCACAGAACCAACGAGGUAUAUAUGUGAGGCCAACAAUAGCCUUGGGACCGUGCAACAUCCAGUUCGAGUUCACAUAUUAGAUAUCCCCCAUCCACCGGUCAGCCUAAAAUGCCUGGAGAAAGGAGCAUACCAUGCAUUCUUACAGUGGUAUCCACCCGCUGUUCCCAUGAAGAUAUCCGGAAAACGUGUACCUUCUGCUGUGGUUGAUUCCUACAUGCUAUUGGUAGCAGAGACGAAUAGAUCGGAUAUAAAGGAUGCAAAAAUGCAGAUAACUGACAUUCCUGCAAAACAGCAUCAUCCAGACGGUUCAUUGCAGUACAAAUUGCUGAAUCUUAAACCCUACACAAGCUAUACAGCUGAGGCAGUGGCUGUAAGCAAUCUCCUUGGAUUGUCUGAUCCGAGCAACUCGGUGAAGUUUACAACUGCUGAAGCUGCUCCCGGCUCCCCUCCCCUGUCGGUCAGCGCGGUUGUCCUGUCCGAUGACACGGUGCAAUUGCGCUGGAAGCCGCCCUGUCAGCCCAAUGGCAAAAUUACGAAAUAUCAUAUUCUGUACAGCUUCGAGCAGGACCACCCACUUUCCGAUUGGCACAUGGUCGAAUCCAACUCAGACAGCACUGUGAUUUCCAACCUGAUAUCCUCGAAAACAUAUUACUUCAAGGUGGCCGCUGUAAACCUCGUAUCUACAGGACCUUUUACGGAGCCGAUUCCAGUAAUAGUGAAAUAUGGAGUUCCAGGAAGUCCUAUUGAUUUUGGAGGAUUCAGCCUCUCUCCUACACAGAUAUUCCUCAACUGGACAGCUCCUCAAACCCACAAAGACGUGCGGAUAUUGGACUACGUCAUUCGGUAUCGCAGCGAUCCAGUGCAUACACGGGAGGAAAAUAAGUUCAACACGGUUCCAGUGUCCGGUCUAAAAACAAACAUCAUUCUGGAUCGCCUCACUCCAAACACCACGUAUCGCGUAUCGAUCGCGGCACGGACCAGUUACGGGACCGGGGUAGCUGCUCAAAUCGUUGUCCAAACCGAGAGUAAUGUUCCGUCAGCCCCAAUUCUCCAUGAACUGGAAAUACUGGACUCAUCACGAAUUCGCGUCAGGUGGCUCUCACCAAAGCAACCUACACAAACAGUUGAUCUCAGUGGGAUAAUUCCACAUAUACCAAAACACAGCGCUUCGGAAGUGACACAUUUCCUCAUCCAGUGGGCAGCAUUUCCUUUCAGCGACUGGGAGGAGCGUAAGAUAAUUGCAUCCAGCCAGCAGUUAUCACCUCAUCGUGUCUACGAAUAUGUGAUUGGCGGACUACUGUCGCAUACUGCUUAUCGAGUCACGAUCAGCGCAGUCGGAUCGGAAGGGAUGGGUCCUCCGCUUGACCUCGGUCUGCUGAAAACUAAAGGACAAGUGCCCUCAGCCCCAAGAAAUCUGCGGUUAAAUCAGCUGAGAAGAGCGCUCCCAGCUGGAGUAAAAGACCCCAAGGCAGCUUUGGCCAUUUUGGAAUUAUCGUGGGAUCCCCCCGAGCGUGUGCAUGGAGAGUUGAAAGCAUAUCAAGUGUCCCAUCGGCUAAUUGGACCACCAGAUGUGUUGCAGUCCAAUGCCCCGGAGCCAUAUGAAGGUGGCUCGUUCCGGCCAAUCAGACGUAACGUGACUCAUGCGGCUUACACAUCAACACUUGCGGAUGGAAUCAAGUUUGGCCGAGUUUAUCAGUUUGAAGUGGCCGCUUUUAAUGGUGUCGAUCUUGGUAUGCCAGCCCAAUUGAACGUAACCACACCAGAAGACGCCGGUCCCGGAACCUAUCAGGUCCAAGUCCACUUGAAUGGCAUAUCUGCAACUUCGUUUGAAGUUGUGUGGACACCGCCAUCGCAGCAACAUUGGGACGGAACUGUGAUCCACUAUCAGGUGCGCUACUACCAACCAAACGCUCCCAAUGAAACCGAAGUGGUAAGAAAUACCAGCGAACCGAGGCUGAUUAUCAAGGAUCUAAGGGAGAGAACCUUCUAUACUGUCAUGGUCAGAGCAAUCACCAAAAAUGGACCAGGACCGUGGUCCAUGCCCAGCAUGAUACAGACUACAGCAGAGUUGCCGGAACCGCCAGCGCAAAUUAUGGGGGUGCGCAUAAAUCAGCGACAAAUUAAAGUCACUUGGGACACACAUUUGGGAGUUCGAAAAAGUAAGCAGCGCAUUCCAAUUACCGGAUUCCGCAUACUUUACUCGAAAAAUGUAAACGAGCCCGAUCUAAGUAGCUGGAAAAUCUUGGAUGUCGGUCCGGUUACUAUGGCAACGCUAGACGAUUUAGAACCUGGUGCGGAAUAUUUAAUCAAGAUAAGAUCCCGCGGAGCUGAUCGACGCUACGGCCGUCCCAGUGAUCCAAUACUAGUUGACGCUCGAGUUUCAGAUGGAUCCGGAGAAUUCGAUGAGGCGGGCGACAAACUUGCGGUCAGCCACCUGUCGUGUCACUGGAUUCCCGCCUUGGACCCAACCAGAGAGGAUGAGGCAAGCUUGAAGUUAUCCUGGAGGAGACCAUCUCAAACGGAAGGAUUAACACAUUUCCAGAUUCAGCUGUUGGGAACUCGUUCUUACAUAGACGAAGACGCUCAACCGCGUCGCUUCGCAUUCGAGCCACGCACAUUGGACGUCUCUUUGGCAAUGUUGGAUAUAUCCAAUCCGACCGAUGUCCUUUACUCUUCUACGCGUCUGACUCCAAUUCUGGAAAGCAGCAAUUCCCUGUACUCUUUGGUAAUCGAUGAGCUGACUGCAAAUACGGUGUACGAUGUGCAAAUUCGAUCCAUGUAUCAGACUUCGAUGUUGCCGCAUAACGUGGAUCAAUCGGCACCGGUUGCCAGAACAAGCUGUCAGACAAUGAUGUUACCCCCUUCUCAUGUUCCGGUCCCGAUACCAGUUGCGACGAAACCCCGAACAGGCCAAGUGGUAGUGCGCGUGUUUCGAGUCAGUGAAAUUCUCGGUCGGAUCCGCCGAUACUAUCUCAUUCUGAGCAAAACCUCCUCCUUGGUGGACUUUUCAGUGAGACCAAUAGCCCAAGAAUCCUACUGGCAGAACACGUUUCAACAGAACUGGGACCCAGACUCUUUUGUUGCAGCUGAAUACAGCCAAGAAGUCUUCAGUGAACCACAAAUGGAGUUACUUUUGAGUAGUCCAAGUUAUUCACGCCUGAAACGGUGCACGGGAGUUAAAAGUACGAACAAUGGAUCUGUGACUCGUCAUCGCCCUGGCCGAUCUAGCGAUUUACCAGCGUCAGACCCGAACAUCCUUGUCUAUGGGCGUCACCUGAUGCCUCACCAGGAGUACAAGGCCUUUGUACUGGCAUGCAUCUACCCCAAUACCGAUUGCAGUUCAAAACCGCGCGAUGACGUGUUUUCAGCCGAACAGAAUUUCGCCCAGAGUGAUCUGCCAAAUAAAGCCGGACCGGUUGAUGGCGUCGAGAUGAUUGAUUCAAACGCCAGGUUGUGCACCUCAAGCGACUGGUCUGUUGGCUUUAGCCCACAUAAACUUAUAACGUAUGAGGACCACACAGAAACAGGGACACAAGAGCCGAGUGAGGAGCCGUUUGGUCCGGUCGCGCGCCCUAAAAUCCAGCUCGGAGGACAUGCGGACACAUUCACCGUGGCGCUGACCGCGCUGAUCGUGGGACUGGGAAUCGUGGCCAUCAUUUGCAUAGCGGUUGGAUGCAUCAUGCGGCAGCGAAGAUCGAAGACUCUUCGGAAUAACAUGACCAUAUCCCUUGCAAGCGUGGACAACUCACUGAAAACUCCGCUAGCGAACCCUAAGACUGCCAACUUCAGUGAGAACAACGGUAAAAUCGAACAACUACAAACAAAGCCUCUCGCAACUGCAAGUCCAUCUCAGUCAAUCCUUGGAGUUUCACAUUCAAAUUGCAACACCCCCGUGAAAAUCCGUUCCGCCAUCUCCAUCACCCAGUUGCCAGAGCACGUGACAAUGCUCAAAAUGAACAGUGGUUUGGAAAUGUCGGAGGAGUACGAAAGCAUUGAAGCAGGAGCUGGAAUGACCUGGAUUCAUGCGAAUAUGGAGGAGAAUCGACCGAAAAAUCGAUAUGCCAAUGUGGUGGCCUACGAUCAUUCCAGAGUGAUUCUGAAUGAGAUCAAAGGUGUUCCAGGAUCCGAUUACAUCAACGCAAACUACAUAGACGGAUACCAGCGUCAAAAGGCCUACAUUGCCACGCAGGGUCCACUGCCGGAAACCUUUUACGAUUUUUGGCGUAUGGUAUGGGAACAAAACACACACAUCAUUGUCAUGAUGACGCGGUUGGAAGAGCGCGCGCGAGUGAAAUGUGAUCAAUAUUGGCCCACCCGAGGAACAGAAACGUACAGUAUGCCUCAGGGAGAACAACCCAUGCUGGACGCAGCAUGUAGCUACACCGUCUCUAUCAAAGACACUCAGGAGUUUGCUUAUUACACCCUACGCACCUUUAUCUUGAAACGGAAUGAUCUCAAUUUGGACACCGAAGUACAAGCGCAGCAACGACAGCAAUUGUACAGGACGCCGAAUCCAAACGAACGUCAACGCGAUGUUAAAGAGGUGAAACAUUUUCAGUUCACCGCCUGGCCAGAUUAUGGAACGCCGGAUCACGCGCAACCUCUGCUGCUAUUUAUUCGCCGUGUGUCCCAAGUACGGUCGCAAAUACUGCACCAUUUGCAGCAAGAACGGAUAGCUAAUGGAGAUUCGUUCAACGGUGCAGAGCACUCCAGACAACACCACAGCGAGAUGGGUCCAACCAUUGUGCACUGUUCCGCCGGAGUGGGUCGGACAGGUGCAUUCGUGGUUAUCGACUCACAGCUGGAACGAUUGCAACAUGAAAAAUCAAUUGACAUUUUCGGUUCCGUUGGCCGUAUGCGCAACCAGAGGAACUUUAUGAUACAAACAGAGGAGCAAUACACUUUCUUAUAUGACGUGUUCGUGGAGGCGGUCACAGUAUACGGAACAGAGGUAACGGCGCAUGGUUUGUACAAUCACGUACUAAAGCUGCGCCAAACCGCUCCGAGUAAUCUCAUGGCACACAAAAGAAUGAUGGAGAAUGGCGUGCAAGACGGUAGCAUGAAAGAAUUAUCCAUGGGGUUCGGUCAGUCCGGGUUGGAUUUGGAAUUCAAGAGGCUGUCGGAAAAUCUCGUGAGCAGCAAACAGUUCAGUUCGGCGCUGCUCCCGGAAAAUCGACUGAAGAACCGCACGGCGGACAUCCUACCUUACGAGUAUAAUCGUGUUUGCCUACCGGUGAUACGAGGACUAGCGGGAUCUGACUACGUCAAUGCCAAUUUCAUAGACGGAUACCGGAAGAAGCACGCUUACAUAGCCACGCAAACUCCUCUGCUAAACACGGUCGACGACUUCUGGCGUAUGAUGUGGGAACAGGGCUCCCCGAUCAUCGUUGUGUUAGGCGACUCUUCCACUAGCGGAAAUAUUCCACCGGGAUCACAACAAGAUGCUUACUGGCCGACGGAACGUUCAACUAGGUACCAACAUUUAUUGGUAGAGCCAAUGGUUGAAUACAAUAUGCCCCAUUUUAUACUCCGAGAGUUCCGACUCACAGAUACGAGGGACGGUCAAUCGCGUACUCUGAGACAGUUUCAGUUGCACGGGUGGCCGCAAGAUGUCGUUGUCCCAAGGUCAGCAGAAGCGAUUAUCGAUCUCAUCGGACAAGUCCACAAAACAAUGGCUCAAUUUGGACAGGAAGGCCCGAUCACAGUGCAUUGCAACUCCGGAUCUGGGCGGACAGCCGUGUUCAUCGGUCUCAGUUUGCUUCUUGAGCGAAUGCGAUGCGAGGGAAUGGUGGAUGUGUUCCUGACGACGCGAAUGCUACGCACUCAGCGGAUGGGAAUGAUCCAAACCACGGAUCAGUACGCAUUUUGUUACGCGGCCACGCUGGAAUACCUCGCGUCGUUCGACCAUUACACCAGCCAGUAA